CGAGGACGGACGGCCCGUGCCUGGCAAGGCGAUUGGUGAGAGCGCCCAUAUACAUAUGCGUGUGUAUGUAUGUGGUUGUGCGGUGUUUCAGGCAGGCUUACAGCCUGAACCGACGUUUCGCAAUCACUUGCACAGUUCGAGUCGAGCCGUUGCGAGGAUAAGUCGCUGAACGCGGAAAGUGAACUCAGCCAGAACAGCGAACAGUGGAGGCAACUAGUUCAUACACACACAUCCAUAUGUAUUCCUGUGGUAUCAGCAGGCAGCAGUGUACCUAUGAACUUUUAAAUUCGGGAAGUAAUAUUGCGUACGAAUAAUUUUAGUUAUAUGCAGUAAAAUAAAAUUGUAAAAAAUAAAAAGCAUUAUUACCAAGAAUAAAAAACUAGCUCAGUUAUGAAAAAUUAAAAAAAAAAGUCUACAUACAGUGUGAAUAAAGAAAAAUUAUGUAAAUAGAAUAAAAAUAAAUUAAAAAAUCUAAAUUUCAAAAAUAUAUUCAAUCCGAUAAAAUUAUAAUUAUUGUUAACUACUAUUGAAAGUGAAGCAAAGCAAACAACUAUGAAUAAGAAGUAAAAACUUAAUUUGUGUGUGUAAAUGCUACUGAUAUACCAUACUAUUAUAUUAAGUGAAUUGUGAAUACGAGAAUAAUUGUCAGUAAAUAUAUUAUAUAAAUCCAAACACAAAGUAUUCCAUGAAAUACUACAUAAAAUAACAUGUACCUAUAUAUGCACAAAAAGCUACAAACAGAUACUCGAAUAAACUACAGCACCAACAAGUGACACUAUUUCGAAUUCCUUGGUAAUAAUAAAUUAAUUCAGCAGCAAGUGUGAACGGCGACAUAUGAUAUAAUUUGGUACGUAUGGAUUCAUGAUGUUUUCGACGAUAUUCCUGUAAAUAAGUAUACUUAAUGAAACACGCUCUGCGAAAAGUUCAGAUAAUCAUUAUUUAACAAGGCAGCAGAGCUCGGCUGUGUGACCUUAAUCAAUUAUUGGGGCUUAAAUUACAAUCUCUGAGCAUUCUGGUGCGACUUAAGGAAUAAAAAAAAAUUAUUAAAUUAUACAAUAAAAUGUAAACAACUUCAACUUCAAGUAAAACCUCGUUGGUCCGCAAAUUUUAUUUGAUAACUUUUAAUUCACCGUUACACAUAAUUUUAGAAAAAUGCUGACUGCAUACAAAUGCAAAUGGACAGAAAGCAUACAUCAACAAUGUCACGAGACGGCAGCGAGUCAAGCUGCAACUGAAAAAUACUUGUAAAAGAAAACAAAAACAAAAAGUGCAAUAAAAACAGCGAAGAAAGCAAGCGGAAGACAGCAAGGAAGCGAGGUAGUUAAGUAAACGAAUGCAUUGAGCCAACCAGUCGUACGCUUAAGCAGACAGCUGUACUGCAACAAAAACUCUGUGGCGCGUUGUUCAAACGGCACGCGAACGCCGGAAAGUAUGCUAUACAAAUAACAAAAAGCAGCAAAUGUAAAUUUCGGUUGAAGGCAGAACGAAAAUAAAGCAACAAACAGUGAAAACGCAAAUAAAACUCGCUCCGCCAACGAUAAUAACCGUAAAGAAAAUAAUGACGCGCAACAGUAAAUGCGUGUUGCAUGCAUGUGUUAGUGCGCUACGCUUUUAACCGAUGAAACCAAGGAAAUUACACGGCAGUGUACGAACCGAGCGCAUACAAAGCAGCACACGACAGCAAAAACAACAGCAACAACAACAAGUACAAUAGCUAGUCAGCUGCUGGCUAUAGACCGGAAUACGGCACCAACCACCGUUAUUACGGUUUUUUUGGGCGCUACGUGCAACUCAAUUAUUUAACUGUAAAAUACAGGAGAGCAUUGAAAAAGGUGGCUACUACAAUUUCAAAGCUUAAAAAAAUAAAAAUUUUGUUGCUGUGAAAGAAGUCAAAAAAUAAAAAUAAAAAUAUAAAUAUUUUUUCAACACAACGCAUCGAAUAUCAGCAUUGACUACCGUUACCUGAUACGCCUACACUGUUGCUACCAAAAAUAGGACGCGCUCAUCAUGCAACGUGUUGCGCACAUCAAUGUUGCUUUUGUUGCAUUUAUGUAAACACCAGCCAUUAAACUUGCAACGUUCAGCACGCAGCUUGCCACAUUGAAGCUGAGUGACCUCAUUUCGCGCAGUGUAUUUGAAGCCAAAGCGAGGAAAAUAUAGUCAAAUAAGUUAAAUUUUCAAAACUCAGUUAUCAUACUGUACACACACACAUAUAUAUCCACCCCCGCACCCAAAGCAAACCCUUUGCAUUGCCAUUAAAUUAAUUAAAAAUUUGUGCAUUCGUGCGCAUAAAAAUGGAGCGAAGUGUGGCAUAAAUAAUGGAAAAAAGACUUCAAGUUAUCAAACGUAACAAUAAAUUGGCUGACGGCUAAACGAAAUAAAGAAAUAAACUGGAAUUUUUGGCCGCCAACGUGUUAAAAAAACUUAUCUGCACUCGACCGAAGUGAGAAAGAAAAAAAAUCAAGAUGCUGCCCACCAAUGUAAUGACGUUCAUGAAAAAGAUGGUCGCCACAGAUGAGACGCCAUCCACACAGAAUCAACCCGACGCUGGUGGAACUUUCGGAAAGUUGAAACAGACACUGUCAUCGUCCUUGCUAACGGCACAGGAUAGAGUAAACAAAAUGUCACCACGUCCCUCGUUGGCGCCCACCGAAGACGGCAGCUAUGCUGGAGCGUAUCAGCAACAGGCCCAGGACGCAUAUGCCGCCACUCAGAACAAUAACAAUAACAACAAUACGACAGGCGGCAGCACCGCAAGCAACUCAUCGAAAAACGAACCGGGGCGACGAGCGGGGGCGUGCCGCGUGUGUUUGAAAUCCUUCAAACCUGACGACUAUCACAAAACCUGCUUCGAGUGUCAACAACGGGUGUGCGAAGAUUGUGCCAGCUACAGCAAGCUGGAAGAGAGUGAGGAUGCGAAUAUGUGGCGCUGCAGUGUGUGCCGACGAAAGAUGGCCUCGCGUGUGUGCAUCCCACAAGACUCAACCGACUCCAUGUUGGACGUGCCCGUGCUGGAAGCGCUGCAACGACGUCACUCCGAUGCCAAGCUCGGCUCAACACAGACAUUGGCACCGGCAAAUGGCACCGCGUUGGCACCGCCACGCAGCCCCGAAUGUCGACGGCAUUCCGACGUAUCACCCGCCUCUCUUAAAGAACUCGAAAAGUUGAAGGGCAAUAAAACACCGGGCGGUGAUUUGGACUUUCGUAAGGGUGGACGCAGCAUGGCGCCGAGCCGUUCAUCGAGCCCGCCACGGCAAUCGGACUUGGAGCAACAGCUACCGUUCGGCGCGCCGCUGUCGCGUAUGGCAUCACGACGUGGAUCACGUGUGGCGCGUCAGCACAGCUAUGACGAUGACAUGAACAGUGCGAGUAUGGCAACGGUGGCAGCGGUCGGUGCAGCCGGCGGUUUGGGAGCAGCGGCUGCUGGUGCACUGGGCAUGAUGGGCGGUGAUCCCGGGCUCGGUAUACCAGCAAUGCCAAGAAGAAAAUCUGCUUAUGACGUCUUUGCGCCAAAUCUGCUACAGAGUGCGGCACCUGCAACAACGCAACUUCAACGAUCACCCGGCGAUGGUAUGUCGCCACAAAUUGCUCUACCUGGUUCGCGGAGACCCUCGUUCCGCGUGCCACAUCCUUCUGAGGAUCUGCAAAACGACGAAUCACCGAGUCCGGACAAGGGCAGUCCAGUGCUUACGGUGGAUGAUGAUAGACGCAUACGUCGACGUGGAUCACAACUUCCCGAUUUGGCGGCGUUGCAGCAACGUGGUGCAUUACCAACCAAUCUCCCCACCACUAUACCGCCUCCAAUAGCGGCUUUUACUGGUCCGAAUUUGGAGGAUCUCGAGGCGCCACGUCGUCAAACAUCAAUGGAUGGUGAAGCUAUUAAAAUUGUCAUACACGACGUCGACUCGGGACCGAUUUGCUCAUCGAAACGUAGAAUUGUAUUACGCAGAGACCCCACGGAUAAGGCACAUCGCACACGUGGCUUUGGUAUGCGUGUCGUUGGCGGUAAAACUGGCGCGGAUGGCCGACUUUUCGCCUACAUUGUGUGGACGGUGCCAGGCGGACCAGCUGAGAAGAACGGGCUACAGCAAGGCGAUAAGAUACUCGAGUGGAAUGGCAUGUCGCUGAUUGAUCGUAGCUUCGAGGAGGUCUGCGCUAUAAUGGACCGUACUGGUGACAUUGUCGAAUUGCUCGUUGAGCACGCCACUGACUUUCGUAUGUGCGAUCUAUUCGAUGAGAAUCUACCACCGGGCAAUAGCGGCAAUCAAAGCGGUCCGCGGCGUUCAGGUGACGGUCCUGUAGGACUGGGCUUAAUCGCGGACCCUGAAACAACCACAGACAAAUCACCGGCCUCGCCGACCAGACGGAAAUUACCCAAAACUCCGGUAUAAAAUCCUCAACAAAACUCUAACAACUCAAGAAAAAUUUAGAUUUACAUAUAUUAUGAGAAAUUGUUUUUGUUGGCUUUUCCAUUUGAAUACUUUGCCAAACUGAAAUGAAAGUGUGUGUGUGUAGAGGGUAUAUACUUCAUGUAUAUAUGUCUUUUCGGUGAAACAUCUGCCAACAAUUUGAGGCAAAGCAAGUAGAAAUGUUUAUUGCGAAAGUGAAAGCCAACAAUUUCUUUAUUGUCUGCAGUUUUAUAUGUAUAUCAAAACCAAAACGACAAAGAAAGUCUUAAAAAUCAUAAGAUACAAAAGCUCUAGGCAACUAUAAGUACUAAGUAAGCCGAGACAGUAGCCGUAGAUAAACAAGCUAUAUCAUACACUACUUAUAAAUAACUUAGCGCACUUGCAGCAAGCUAUUUAAUGGUUCGCUUUUUAGAUACAUUUUAAUUUUUAUAAUACAUUUUUAUUUACCAUACUUUUUAAAGCUUUCUUUACAAGCUACUUAUGAAACUUAAAACCGUAUUUUUUUCGUUUUUGUUAUGGUUUAUAAAUAAAGUUAAUAUUUUUCAAAAAAGUAAUUUCGAAACUCUACGAACUUUCGCUUUUUCAAGCAGAGAUUGCUGCCAUUAAGGUGGCAGUGGAUGUUCUACUCCUAAGUGCAGCCUCUUUCAUUGCGGUGAGCAUACACCCCGAUAGCGAAGCAGCAAUACUAGCUUUGAGUUCGCUCACUGUGCGCUCAAAGUUAGUCAAGGAGUAUCUGUCCUCACUAACGAUAGCAUCAAGCUUCUUUAUUAUCAGAUUCAUUUAGACGCCUAAUCAUACCGAAAUCGCUGUAAACUGCAAAGUUGGAUAUAAGUUGUUCUCUUGCAUUCUAGUGCUGCAGAAGAUUCACUGAUCCAUCUUGCCGUAAUCGUAUAAGUUCUAACUGGUCAUUAUCGCAUAAGCGUAUCUGACCGCCUUAAGGCUAAAAAUCUUAUCGGAACCUAAUAAAGUCAAAGUUGUAUGAAAGAAGCUGAGGUGAAAGCAUCUAGGCACUGUCCGCUCCAUUCAUCAGCUUGUGCAAGACUGAGGUUAAAACAUCACGACAGUCAUAUCUCAAAAGCUAUCAAAGGGGUAAUUUUAGGGUAAUUCAAUCAACAGUUUAGGAGGGAUCACAAUGGACUGGCGUCCUCAGCUAUCCAAGUGGAUUCCAUUUUGGUUUGACCUUUCAACCCAACCUUCCGUAAUUUAACACAACUUCAUGGCAGUUUCUUGAAACCAUAUAAACAGAACUUCAUAUUUUGAAAUGAAAUGUUAAAUCAACCUAGUUUCUGACAUUACUAAUAAAGAAAAGAGUCAUGUUAUGCUUCGCAUCUUAUGAGAACAUAUUUAAAACUCUCAAUACAUUUUUUAAAUUUUUAUGCAUGAUUUUAUCCUCUGCGAAAAAGUCCUAAAAAAUGUUGGGAAAAAGGUUUAUUCGGCUAUUAUGGGUUACAACUCGACUCAGUUGUAUUAAAAUUGAACUAAUUUCGGUUAAAAAUAUAUUGAUGUUGCCAGCCUAAAAUACAAAGAUUUGUCAUAUGAUGAUUUUGAAAAAAAAAAUAAAACGAAACGAUUAAGUUCAGUUAUGCGUAAUUGUGAAUAAAUAAUGAUGAGUAUUGCCAUUAAUUUAUAAAACAACGACAAAAAUGUUACAGCCAAGUGUCGCGAACAGUCGACUCCGUUAAAGUAGCACACACUCAGAGAGGAUGGGUUUUCUUAAUUUAAACAAAAUCAUUUAUUAAAAGUUACAUUAAUUUUGUAAACAAAUUUUUGAAAAAAUAACUGCUGCUAUGACAUUUGCUUAUAAAAGUUUUUUGUGUGAUUGCCGACAAUAGGGUUGUAAAUCGUAAAACCACAAAAACGUCUAAAGACGAUAAAAAUGUAUAUUUUUUUAGCAGGUUGAGUGUUAAUGCAAUUGAAAAAUUUCACCUUAAUUGGCAUUGAGUUGUCAACUAUGAUAGAAGCAUAACAUUGUAAUUUAAAAAAUACUCCUUAAACACUUUCAUUAAAAUUAUUCAAGGCAAGCUUAUUCUGAGCUAUCAAAGUUACGGUAAAAGAUCAAAUGACAAAAAUUUGGUGUGAAACAGCUUUGACUACCUCUACCGUAUGAGUGGAAUGACUUAAAACUAGGGACAGUGUAAGUAAGCUCUGUUUAAACUCAGCUGGUAUGAAAUGCUCUCCGUACAGCUUUCUUAUUAAAAAUAUAACUACAUCCAAGCUUUGUGUUUUCAAUUAGCAAGCAAAGCACUCUUACUCCUAAAUGACAAUAUAGCCGAGUGCAAAGAAGCGUGUUAGUUACGUUCGAUUCAAAAACGAAAUUACUUUAGUAAUACUUCUCUCUAAGUAGAGAAUUUAUAUUAAAAUAAUUUUAUUUAGUUAAUUUUAUAUUAAAUAUCCUUAAUUUUUUUAACGCAAUAGACAAUAUUUGAAAAUUUAUUGUGGGUUUUUAAAUGUUAUAAUUCUAAAUCACGUCGAAAGUAAUUUAUAUAACAGUUAAUUACAAAAAAACGAUUUAUUUUAGUUUAUAAACUUUUCUUAUUUUAUUAGUAUUUUCAUUAUUAUCUUUUUAUUUUCUUUCUUAGUAUUUUUAAUUUUUUUUUUUUUUUUGUAAUAUUUAAAAUUUUUAAAUAGUUAGUCUUUUUAAAUGUGUAAUACAAUUGAUAACUCUGAUUUCCGUUGGUAGUGCUUAUUGAAAAAAUUAAUUUAGUUCAAAAAAUGUCUUAGUACUUUUAAUUUCUGAAAACAAAAUUGUAGCUUUACUUACAGAAUUUGUAUUUUUAAUAUAAACAAAAUUGCCAAACAAGUAUUUCUUUGAAUAACUGUGCGUAGCUAAAGUCAUUUCCAAACUCUAUAAUGCUAUCUUUUUAUACUUUUAUAUAUUUUUUAAAUAAACUUAAUGCUAAAUGGCCAACAACACACUCACACAUAAUAAAAAACCUACAUACAAAACGAAAACAUACACCGAAAAAAAAUAUAAUACAAUAAAAAAAAAAGAAAUAAUAAAUAAUAACUAUAAAAACAUAAUAAUAAUUAUGAAUUGUGUGAAAAAGAAAGAAAAAGAAUAACUACAUAUUAAAUAAAUGUAAGUGAUAUUACUUUUGGUAGCAAAAAACCAAAACCAAAACCAAAAACAAAAACGCUUUUAUAAUUUCCUACUACUAUUUUCGGGAGAGAAACUAUGACUGUCGUUUUUCCACUCAAUUACUGAAGUUAUUGCUGUUUGCAUUUUUUUCGUUUCUAACCUACCUGUUCGCGUUAAGCUCGUUAAUAUUUUUUCUGGCAACCUUAAACUGCCCAUCAGUUUGUUACAAUUUUUUCGUAAAAUUACUCGAACAACUUCCAAAUACAAUAAUAACUUCUGAACUAAAUUUUCAUUUCAUUCUCAUCUAUCCAUUACUUCCAACAUAAUUUUCUUUGAAAUAAAUUGCAAAAUAAAAAAUAUUUAAAUAUUUGAUGUUGUGUAGUUAAAAAUCAGUAAUUUGCAUAUACAUACAUAUAUACACACAUAUGUACAUAUAUUUACGUUAUUCAAUUAUCUAGCCAUAAAGUAAAGUACAGUACUUAAAUUGUUACAGUUAAUUAUGUUUAGUAAUUGAAAUGUUGAAUUACUGCAUACUCUUACAUUUAAGUAGCUGUUUAAUUAAAAAAUAAAUAUGUAUUUAGACAAAAAACAUGCACGUACAAUGAAACUGUAUGUAACUGUAUAUACAUAAGUAUGUACCUACGUAAACACGUUACAAAUAAAUCGCUCGUUCGUGGUUGCCAUAUUGAUUUUUUUUCUGCUUGAAAAACAGCGAUUUUAACGACAUCUAAUUUUGCAUAAAAAAUAUAUAUUCUUUAAUAAAAAUAGAAAUAUACUUGGUGCUUAAUUCAUUAAUUACAUAUAUGUAACAUACUUAUUGAUAUUUAUAUCCGCAAAUUAAAUAUUUUUUAUAACUUUCAAAAUACUUACUUCUGAAAAUGUUUGAAUUUUUUUAAAUAUUGCUGUUAUUGGCAACACUGUCGUUACUACGUUUUCGUUGUUGUUGAUUGUGUUAGAAACAGCUUGGCAACAACAACCCUAAAUACCCAACCAGAAAAGUUAUUCUGAGUUAUAAAACCGAAGGUUGGUUCAACAUCUCUUUGCUACUCGAAACGUAUCAGCAAUUAUCAGACUUUAAUAAUAUCGCUUCUGAACGAGUAAGGUGAAGCAACAACAACGCACUAAUUGUAGAGAUCAAGUGAACUCGAGUUUUGCUUCUCUUGAACGUUGAGAAGAUUGAGAUGCAAUUUCCUAGGAUCACGCUGAAACCAAAUUUCAUCGUUAAGAAUUUAUUAUUGAUAUAAUAUCUUCGUUAUAGUUGCUUUGGAUAUUAAAAUAACCAUUUGGAAUAUAUUAUACAACCAGUCAGUACCGAAAUAAAAUAUUUCUUAAUAUAAAAUAUUUUCUUAUUGAACAGUUUCGUAAAACUGAAAGGAAAAAGUGUUAAGUUCUGGUUAUGAAAAGAGCUUUUGCUCUAUACUGAGAUAAUAGCCACAGCUUUUUCAAGCCACAAUAUUGUAAAAUAUUCCUGAAAACAUCUUUAUUUUAACAAAAGUCAACAGCACAAAGGAAUAAACGAUUUCCUAAAACUUCUAGAGCUGUGCAGGCUCGCCAUAUUUCCGGUGAUUACGACCUCAAAAAAAGCAAAAGAGUUAAGUCCUUUCUAAAGACUUAAGAUAGAUUUGCAUAGUGCUAAGAAGAAUUGUUGGAGAUUUCAGCAAAUAAUUGCCAGUGUCAGCAAUAUACUUCUACCAACUUCAUUUAAUUUUUGAUUCACUUUUUUGUGCUCAAGCACCUUUUCGCUUACCCAAAUUGUUUAAUAUAACUUCAACAUGCAUUGGUGUAACUAACUGUAUUUGAUUUUUUAUUAUAAUUGUUUUUGUAAAAUAUCGUUUUUUCGAAGAGCAAGCCAAUUGCUCUCAGUGUAAGAACAAAGCACCAACAAUAGAAUUUUAAGCGGAAUGAAAAACAAAAGAAACUUACAAAACUCACUCAAAAAUGCUACAAAACUCAAAAACAAAUGCUUUAAAAUUGUUAUUCGAAAAUUUUAAAACUAGUAAAUUGAAAAUGUUAAAAAUUUUAAAAGAAUAUAAAAUACUCUUACAUACGUACAUAUAUUGAGAGAGAACCGCUUUAUUAUAUAAUCUGUGCCACAUGUUGCGGUGGUAAAAAAAAAAGAAAAAUGCUCAAACGGUCAAACUAAAUUCUAAUCAAUUUAUAUUAAGAGAAAUAUUUUGUAUUAAUUGAGGACUAGUUUACAUAGUGUGAUAAAUUCGAUUGCGAAAAAAUAUGGGUGUCCGCUACGAAAUAAGUUUCGAAUGCAAAAAUUUUAACACUCAGUUUAGGUAGAGUGAUUGAAGCUAUGUUCUCUCAGAUAACUGUUUUACUUCCAAAAAACGUAUGCGAUUUGAGUAGCUUCCAAAAGAAUAGCCAACUUAGUCACUGAAACUGUUUAAUACAAGUAUAGAAAAAGAAAGAAGAGAAUUUGUUAACUUAGACUGAGUUCACACACGUAGACUUUUGUCGACCAAGCUGGUUUUUUUCGCGAGAGCAUGGCGAAGCGACCGUGCCGCUCGUGCUCAGGCAACACGCUUUGCGUUCUUCUUCGAAACAUUCUACUGCUUUACAAUUAGGCAUUCUUUUUAAUUUUGACAUUUUUUCCAUAGUUGCAAUUGCGAUCGGUUUCAAACGUAUAGUAACAAUAUGUUCGGAAAUUUUAAUUUUAUUAUCUAUUUUGUGUAUGCAAUAUGCGAAUAUGCAAAAUAUAAAAAAAAAACAUUUUAGAAAAGCGUAAAUAAAGAUAAUAAUUAGCUAAGCAAAAAUAUGUUUGUGUACCGCGUACUAGAACCGUAUAAGAAUUUGAGAAUGUGAUGUGAAAGGGAAUGUAAAAUUCGAAUUGCUAGGCUCGUGUCGCUCGUGUGAAUGCAAUGGGCGAUACCAAAAGAGAAUUUGCCAAAAAAGAAGGAGAUAAGUUCUCGUGUGUAAAACCAGUUUUAGAGCAAAUUCAGCGAAUACUACUCAUAUAUGCUUAGAUAUAAACCAUUUGGAUAUUAAAAUCAAGUAUUAGCUGAAAUAAUUUCUUAAAAAAAGAUCAAAUAAAGUGGAAAAAGGGCUUCUUAAUAAGGUCGAGUUUAUACAGAGAAAUUAUCGAGGCAGAAAACAUGUUUGUAGUGGAAAGAGAAUUACAUUCUGAGCCAAUGGAAAGCAGACUAUAAGAUAGUAUUAUGUUUGUAUAUGCGUUUACACAGAGAUGACGUAGAGUACUCUCAGCUCUCCCUUUAUCAUCGAUCAUGGCAUUAGCGACGAGAGGGCAAAUUUUAGUGUUGACAGUUAGUGAUGACUUGAAGUUCGCUCAAAUAACUAAAUGAGAAAUGUAUAUACAUAUACUUAAAUCAGUUAUAUACCUACAAUUUGUUUGAAUUAUGUCUAACUAAAAACAUAGUUCCACUAUUUCGAAUUUCAAAAGGAUGGGAAAAAGUAAAAUAUUUUACAUAUGUUAGCCUCAAGAAACGUAACACCUGACGCUCUAACUUAUGGAUGACAUAUAGAAAAUUUUUUUUUAAAACUUCUUAAUAAUUAUAAGAAAAUAGAUUUUUAUUUAUAUUACAACAUUCAAAAAUGAUCAGACGUUAAAGUCAACAUUGCUGACAGCGAGUUAAAACAGCGAUACAUUUAGCUAGUAUUAGUUUCUUUAACAUUUUUACUGCUAUGACUUCAGAAUAGUAUAACUCCAUAUUAUUUAUUUGCAAUAAUCUUCUUGAAGUAGUGCAUGAGCAAAGUCCAACUAGUUGGCCAAUAAGAAACUUUCACCGGUGAGGUAUCUAUGUAAGCUAGUUCUAAGCUAAAUAUUUAUAUAAAUUUUAUCGAUAACUCUUAUAAAUUUACCGUUUUACGAGUCUUAUUAUUACCGGAGCUACAAAGUAUGAGGGGUUUAGCAGGAAAAAAAUUGCGAAAUAAUAACAAAAUGUUCAAACAUUUCAAUUAUAAAAAUAGCACGAUAAGUGGCACGGCUGAGCCCUGUGAAUACCCUCACCUACAAUAUUUUGAACCUUGGUGACGAUUUUAAGCUGUCUUAUUGCAUAAGUUAUGCAUGAUUUCGCUGUCUUCGAAAAAGAACAAUAAGAUAUUUAAAUAAACUUAUAGUAUUACAUAAAGAAAAAUUAAAAAUAAUAUUUAAUGCUUACAAAGUGUGAGCAUAAUAUGUAUGUUAUAGAUGUGGCAACUCUUAAAAUUAAUGAUGCUUUAAAACUAGACGCCCAGUUUACAAAUGGGCUGCAGCUUAUCUAAAUUCUUUUUUAAAUAUAUAGGAAAGAGCGCUUAUGAAAAACAAUUAUUAAAUAUAUAUUGAUUACUUCUAAAUUAAACGUAUUUUAAAGCAAAGUAAUUGUUAAAUGGCAUAAAUGUGCAGGAACGAAAUAAAAGUUAUAUUUAAAAAUAUAUAAAAAUGUUGUUGGCGAGCUAACAUAUGGAAAAGUGUGGGUAAUUGAAAAAAAUACAUAUAUAUUAAAAAAUGUAUAAUAAAUAAUAUUUUAACUAAGCAAAAUUUACUCGCUAGUUAAUACUCAAUUGUUAAACCCGUGUGCGUGAAUCUCAAUCACACUGAUCGCCAAAUGCGCCCACUUAUACAACCCACCGCGCAUAACUACUGUCAGUUGGGUGAUAAAAAUUAUAAAUACAAAAAAAAAAAACAAAAUUAGUAAAAAUAAAAAAAAAAUAUAUUUUCAAUUUUGAUUCUCUAUAAUUUCAAUUAUUUUUGUUCACAUUUAUUAAAUAAAAAAAAGAAAUAAUUUCAAGUAGCUGCUAAGUCACUGAAGAAGAUUAUACACAAACACGUGCACAUACAUGCGUACAUGCAUAGCAAGUAAGAGGCUCUAAAUGAUGUUAAGUUAAUGCUUUAAUCUUGUUUAAGAAAAAAAUAAUAAUUAUAAAUAAAUUAUCUAACGAAAAACUACAUACUACAAAUACACACACACACAAACACUCAACUGUGAGAAGUAUUAACAUAUUGUCUAAAUCGCAGAUAACUGCAUACAAAUCACGCGUAACGGUUAUUCAACAAACAUACAUAUUCAGUAUACACAAAGCAAGUAAUUUAUGAAAUUUAUAAAAAAUAUAUGUAUAUGAAAAAUCUAAAUAAACUAUUAAAGAUAAUAAAAAAUAAAAAUAAUUUUAAAAAUAUUUUGAGGCAAAUAUUCUACAAAAAAUAUUAUAAAAUGUGCUGAAAACCUCUACGAAGAAAAUGAAUUUUCUCAGUUACUACUAAAUACAUGCCCUACCACUUAGGCAUAAAAGGAAACUAUAUUUGAAACAACAUAUUAAAUUAAAGUUGCUAAAUUAACUUUCGAUAGGAAUAUUUAAUGCGGAAAGUAUAAAAAAUGCAUAAAUGCAAUCUAUGUUAUAUACACAUUUAUAUCAUAUGUGCUAUAUCAAAAAAUGUCCUAAAUUAUUUACAAAUACACAAACAUAUAUACAUAUAUAUAUUCUAGAUAUUUAUAUUAUAUAUGUCUGAAUUUAUAUUUAUCUACAUCACAACAAACUAAGUACUGUGUAAAACUUGUGAAUAAUCUUUACUAAGUUGCUUAGUCUAUUAAGCAGAAAAUUUGACUUAAAGAAAUUUGAAAAGAAAAAAAUGUGUACAUAAAACAUUAAACUCAACGUGUGUUACAUGCAGUGAAAAUCCAACAAUAAAGUCUCUAUUAAACUUCAAAAAAA